AUGAACAGCGACGAGAAGGAGUUUCUGCGUGAAUGGCUGAUCCUCAACCUCGAGCCAGUAAGCGACGCCGACCCGGAGGUGCUGAGCAAGUACGUACUGGCACUCGUACAGCAAGAUCCACGGAAACCGGGACUGCAGGACACGUGCGUGUCGAAGCUCGACGAGUUUUUAGGCGAAGAGACCACAAGUUUUGUAGCAAAAUUGUUCAAAGCACUGGCGGACGGCUCGUAUAAGGGCUGCGGGAUAAAAAAUGGAGGGCCAAGUGACGAAAAGUUACGUGCUGUGAGGAGCUAUGACGACGACAAUAGUCGACAAUACGAGCGCAAUCUCGCGGUCAGUGACGACGAGCAGCGACGAUUUGCCAAGCGCCGUCGUGAUGACGAUCGACCUCGAGAGAGUGACUUUAAGCGACAUCAGGGCAGUCCGCGGAGAGACGGCAGUUAUAAUCGACGCCAGCCGUACCCAUUGCAUGACCCCGUCAUGCACACUAGCCCCAUAGGUGGGCGUGGAGUGGGACCUUAUGGCAUGGGUGGCGAUCACCGUCGAAAUUUUCCGAUGGAGUGGGGUAUGCCACCACAAGGGAUGUGGCCACCACAUUUUCCGCCGCCUCGAGGCGCGGGCUACCCGCCAGAGUUUGAUCAAAAUGGAUAUGUGGUGGAAAAAAGCAGCAUGAUGCCUCCACCGCACAUGAUGAUGCCGCACCCGAUGGGCGGUCGUGGUCAGUUUUUUGCUCCUGGAGGGCGCGGAGGGAGGGGAGGACCUGGUCAGUACUAUCCUGGACGUGGUGGUAGAGAUAGGGACAACGGCGAUGUACCAACGGCAAAGACGACGCUCUAUGUUAGGCAUGUUGACCCAAAGUACGUCAACAUGACCAUGUUGAGUCUGCAUUUCUCCAAGUUUGGCAACGUGGUAAAUGUGCAGAUGCGCCCCAGCGCCAAAUGUGCUUUUGUUCAGUAUGCAACUGAGGAAGAGGCAAAGAAGGCUUUUCAUUCACCUCUUCCUGUAUGCAACAAUCGCUUUAUUUCAGUAAAAUGGGCUAAGCAUGAUACUCAGAGCCCAGGAGAAGCAGGCGACGUUGGACAUGCAGACGAUGCAUCGAGAGAGACGCCUGGGGUAAAUGGCGUGCCUGCCGACAGUGCCGCUACAGUUAAGAUCGGAGGCGAAGCUGACGACGAAGGAGAAUUGAUAAAUGCGAAAUCCGAGAAAAGUAUGACGACCGAGGAGCUGCGUGUGGCAGCAUUAGAAAAAGGUCGAUUAGUUUUGGAACAAAAGCGCGAACUGUUGGAAAAGCAGCGUACACUCAAGAAGCAAAAGGAGGAGCUGCUUAAGCGGCAAUUAUCCCAGCAGAAGGAGCUAUUGGAGCGAAUGAGUUUCAGCAGCUCGCAGUUUUCGUUAGUGGAAAAGCGUGACUUGCUGAAUAAGAUUACUGCGCUAUCUGAAGAGCUGAAGGCAUUGACUCCUCGCCAUUCUGCUGUCUCUCCGAACGCUGCAACGCCGCAAGCUAUCUCAGGCCGUGAAAAUUUAAAUGGCCUAAAAGAAGAACUCAGUGCAUUGGAGGCCGAGGCGUCAGGGGGCUCUGGAGGUCGCGGGGGGCGGUGGUCUGCUGGUCGCGGCUACCGAGGGGGUCGAGGCGGUCGAGGCCGAGGAGGUUACGGUCGUGGCUCGCACGCGCUAGACAACCGCACGACAAUCGUAAAAGUAGCAAACUUGCCGGAAGAGGCAUGCGACCCCGUCGUGCUCACACAGCAUUUUGGCAACUUCGGCACAGUUGAACGAGUCGUGAUGGACGAGUCAUUUCCAGGCCUGGGGUAUAUCAAGUUUCAAGAUCGGUAUGCUGGUCAAGCCGCUUUGAGUCACGGUAAUGUGUUUGCCGAUAAGCAGUUGGAGAUGGCGUGGGUCGAGUCUCACGACGCGCCGGCAGAGCUGACGCGAAGCGAUUCACCGAAAGAAGCAGCAGUGUCGACUGCAGACAGUGGUGCUACUGGGCUGGGCGACCAGGUGUCUGCAUGUGCGUAG